GGACUGGGGCUCCUGUGGUCUGGUGUUGGUGGCGGUGACCUGUUGCCACCCUGCAGCCGCACACCCUCGAGCCAUGUCUUGGGUCGCUCUGCUCGGCCUCAUGGCCGUGCUACUGCUGUUGCUGUUGCUGCUGAGCCGCCGGCGCGCGCGGCGACCCGGCGAGCCUCCCUUGGACUUGGGCAACAUCCCCUGGCUGGGCCAUGCCUUGGAGUUUGGGAGAGAUGCUGCCAGCUUCCUCACCAGGAUGAAGGAGAAGCAUGGCGACAUAUUUACUGUGCUGGUGGGAGGCAGGUAUGUCACCGUUCUCCUGGACCCACACUCCUACGAUGCAGUGGUAUGGGAGUCGCGUACGCGGCUGGACUUCCACCCCUAUGCCAUCUUCCUCAUGGAGAGGAUUUUUGACCUGCAGCUUCCAAAUUUCAACCUCAGCGAGGAAAAGGCCAGGAUGAAGCCGCUGCUGAUGCACAGAGACCUGCAGGCGCUCACGGAAGCUAUGUACACCAACCUCCGCACGGUGCUGCUGGGGGACUCCACAGAAGCGGCCAGUGGCUGGCAUGCGACAGGCCUCCUCGAUCUCUCCUACAGCUCCCUCUUGAGAGCCGGAUACCUGACCCUGUAUGGAGUGGAGGCCUCGCCCCGCACCCCUGAGAGCCAAGCGCAGGAUCGUGUCCACUCAGCUGAUGUCUUUCACACUUUCCGCCAGCUGGAUCUACUGCUCCCCAAACUGGCCCGAGGCUCCUUGUCAGGGGGGGAUAAAGACCAUGCAUGCAGUGUCAAAGGCCGCCUGUGGAAGCUGCUGUCCCCAGCCCAGCUAGCCACCAGGGUUGACCGGAGCAGCUGGCUGCAGAGUUAUGUGAGGCAUUUGGAAGAGAUGGGGGUGUCGGAGGAAAUGCAGGCCCGGGCCCUGGUGCUGCAGCUCUGGGCCACACAGGGGAAUAUGGGUCCCGCGGCCUUCUGGCUCCUUCUCUACCUCCUCAAGAAUCCUGAGGCCCUUGAGGCGGUCCGUGAGGAGCUGAAGCGCAUUGUCUGGCAAGCGGAGCAGCCUGUUUCGGAGAUGAGCACCCUCCCACAGAAGGUUCUCGACAGCCUGCCUGUGCUAGACAGCGUGCUAAAUGAGACCCUCCGGCUCACGGCUGCCCCCUUCAUCACUCGCGAGGUCAUGGCAGACCUGGCCUUGCCUAUGGCAGAUGGGAGGGAAUUCUCUCUUCGACGCGGUGACCGCCUCCUUCUCUUUCCUUUCCUGAGUCCCCAAAAGGACCCGGAAAUCUACACGGAGCCUGAGGUAUUUAAAUACAACCGAUUCUUGAACCCCGACGGGUCGGAGAAGAAAGAUUUUUACAAAGAUGGGAAACGACUGAAGAAUUACAACAUGCCGUGGGGAGCAGGGCACAAUCAGUGCCUGGGGAAGAACUAUGCCAUCAACAGCAUCAAACAAUUUGUGGUUCUCCUGCUGACUCACUUUGACCUGGAGCUGGGCAGCGAGGACACAGAGGUCCCUGAGUUUGACCUCAGCAGAUACGGCUUUGGCCUGAUGCAGCCAGAAGAGGACGUGCCCAUUCGUUACCGUAUCAGGCUGUGACCUGUGCAGCAGACACCUCACUCCCCUGGGGCCUCCUGACUUCCCGUGCCUUCGUCAUUGCCCCCCUGUUGCUCUCCUAGAAUGAUGUGUCCAGAGGAGGGGCCAUAGAAGUCAUAGAAAGCAGGAAAAGCCAAUGAAAACUCUACAUCCCUCUGUGAAGACUUGCUUCCAAACCCCCUGUCCUGUGGUACCCACAGUCCCCAACACCAUGUCCCUGACUCCCAGCAGUCACCCUCCUUACCUUCAUCAGCCGUUGUAGUCCAGGCCUUGGCCAGCAUGGCAGAAAUGGGUCCUGGGAGGAUCCAUGAAGAUUUGUCAAUGUGUUUUAAGUUCUGUCCCUAGAUUAUUAAAGAGACAUGGCCCUCCCUCUAUUCACAUGGAUGCCUGGGAAGAUGCAGGCUGUACUCUGAGGGAUAAGGUCCUCUGUCCUUGAGUCACAGGAAGUAGGUAGCAGGGCUUUCCUUCUGCUAAGACUGGGGUGGAGUGUGACCUGGAGAGACCUGGCCCUGUGAGGUGUUUGGAGAGCCAGUCUAAGGACUAUCCCUGCACCUCAACGUACAAGCCCCAGCUACGAUGUGCACAAGCCGGCAUAACGGCUUUGGCCAGCUUGCACUUUAAAUAUCAACACAGCGAGGCAUGGGGGCUGUGAGGCAGAGACAGGCACGCAGAUCUGAGUUCCAGGAUAGCCAGGGCUGCACAUGCCCUGGCCACACUGGGCCACGGUCCCAAGAGUAGCUCUGCCAGGGAUCCCCAGCGCUCCCCUUCCUAGGGCAAGGUUUUGGCCGAGUCAGCAUCAACACCCAUAGUUCCUUCUGGUUCUGAAAGCACUGGAGUCUGAACCCCUGUUCUGGCUCUUGGGGGCACAGGUGGAUGCAGUGACAGGAACCAGCUAGCUUGUCCUCAGGCCACGCUGCACACCCUACUCUGAGCGCCCCAGCCUUUGUAUGAAGUCUGGUGCAAACUCACCUUUGUCUAUUUUAGGAGCAAGGGAGCAAGGGCUAUGGCUCGCAAACCUCCCUGUAACUGCCGACAUGCUCACUCACUGUUAGGUCUUGUUUCUCAAGUGUCUUUUUUUUUUUUUGGAAACAGGGUUUCUCUGUGUAGUCUUGACUGUCCUGUAACUCACUGUGUAGACCAGGCUUGUCUUGGACUCCCAAGAUCCGCCUGCCUCUGCCUCCCGAGUGCUGGGAUAAAAAUGUGUGCCACGGCACCCUGCAUCCUAAGUGCCUUUAGUGCUGAAACAGGCACAGCAGACCUGUAUUUUCAUUCCUCACAGCAUCGUGGAGAAGAUAGGGUGUUAUGCCAGCUUUCCAGAUGAGAGAGCCAGCUCAGAGAGGUUAAGUGACUUCCCUGGGGUCACACAACUCUUGCCAGUAGAGCUCAGACUAUGCACCUCCCCUAGAAGCAGAUGUCAGGUGAGCAGUGUGUGCUUCAUUCCUAGGGCUCUAGGGGUGGCAGUGGGACACUUCUGUUUGGCAUUGGAGAGCUGACAGCCGGAAACACCCAAGCGUGGUGCAGUUUAUGAGACACAGGCACAUCUGUGAUGCGGUCCUUUUAGGUGGAAAGACAGAAAAAGCCCUGCGCCUGUGUGGUCCAGGGUUCACCUCUUGGAGCUUCCCUGGCCCUGGGUCUCCAGGCACCCUCAGGAUUCCCGGAUAGACAGUGUGAUUGGCAGGAGUCUGGGCAUCCCCAGGGAAACCCAUCUUCAUGCUUGGGUGACCCCCCACUGCUGCCUGCUUCUUAUCUUUGCAGGAAAUCAGAGCUGGCAAGCCUCCUGUGGGAGGAUGAGCCAGUUUCCAUGGCAACCCCCAGUUGCCUCCUCACGGCUGGAAGGGGAGGAAGAAAGUGGCAGAAAUAGCUGCUGAAGGUCUCACAGGCUUCAGUUCUGGUGUGCUAGAGGGAAGCCCUUCAGAGCCCCAUCCUAAUUGAAUCCGGCUGGACUGGUCCCAAGAUGCUCACCUGGCUCAGCGAAGGGCUAGUUCCCUUUCAAGGUGGUGUCUCCUCAGCCACAAUCAUGAGGGAAGUCAAGUAUGAGGAAGAUGGUUAAGGCCAGGCAGCUCUGGCGGGGACCUGAGGUGCUGAAGCAGCACCCAGAGGACUCAUGCCUGCCCUCAUUUCAUUUCCUCCCCCUUUCCAUUUCUUCCCUUCUUUAAAUUCUGGGAAUUUAGCUCAGUUGGCAGAGUGGUUGACUUGCACACACAAAGUCAUCUCCAGUUCUGCAUAAACUGGGUUAUGGUGAGGCACGCCUGUAAUCCCAGCAAGGUGAAGGCAGGAGGAUCAGGGGUUCAAAAGCCAUACUUGGCUACACAGUGAGUUUGAAGUCAGCUUGGGCAACACAAGAUUGUCUGAAGGAAGGAGGAGUCAGCAGCUUAGAGAGGAGAGACGCAUUAGCCACCUGCGUGGGCAGGCCCUCUGCUCUCCACUCCUGGCUGUGGGCUGGGUGGCAGGAUGUGUGCUGGUGUCUUCAGGUCGAUCUGUGGCGCAUUUCCUGGGCCACCUCAUUGUGUGUCUGCUGCUAUGUGCUGGACAUCAAACCUUCUCCUUUAAGCAGAUUCGCUUGUUUGCCCUAUGCUGCCAGGAGUGAGCCGGUAUCAAGUGUACCCCACAGAUCUGUCAAGAAUAAACUGGCCCUGGACAGUGGAGGUCAAGACUCUGGGCCCCAGAGCCUGUGUGCCGGGGUUAGAUGAGCCAGCGUGCUGGCUGUCUGAGGCCUAUCUCAUGUCUCUCCUCAAGUUUCUCAUUGGCGGACCCACUGUGGGUAAGGGGUCCAAAAGAGGGGUGAAGGGCUCAUGGCAGGGGCUGGGGGCCCAGUCUCCGGAUAGAGAAGCCUACAAUGAGCUCUCUCCUGGGCUUUGGUUUUGAUGCUUUUGUUGUUUUUAAUAAAUACAGCGUCACGGUGUAUUUUGUGAGCGUCACGGUGGUGACGCCUUGCCGUUUCAACACAGCGCUCAAGCUUCCUGUCAUACCGUCAGAUGGACGCGCGCCUAUUAAAGUGGCCUU